AUGGGUGAUUCUAAGUCUCAAUUUCAUCCUGCUCUUGCUGUGCCUAACAUCAAGAGCAACAUUCCCAUUACAUUGGAAAUGGCGAAUUCACAAUACUCUACGUGGGCAGAGUUAUUCAAACUUCAACACCGUGGCUUUAUGGACAAUCAACAUUCCAGGGCUGUGACUCUUGAACAGGAGUUUUCAACCACGAGUUUGGAGGACUUUCCGAAUGACUCGGCUUAUUGUCAGCGUUUAAAGUCCCUUGCCGAAUGUCGGUGCACCGGUUUCGGACAGUCGAAUGGUUCUUCAGAUGGUUGGGGGCCUUACGAAAGCGUAUAG